AUUACAGCUGCAAAUUGCAAUAGUUCCUGUAACAAGACAACGAAUCCCUUAGCUUGCAUAUUCCUUUUCUUCGUCUACUUCCUUCUUCCUCAAUACCCCCAAUUUCCCCUUUUUUCUCUCUCCUCCUUUCUAACAGAAAAUCAAAAAGGGGUUCACUCAAAUCCAAGGUCAAUGGCAUCGCGUCGUCGAAAGCUCCUCAAAAUCAUCAUCCUUGGUGAUAGUGGAGUUGGGAAGACUUCACUUAUGAAUCAAUUUGUUAAUAAGAAGUUCAGUAAUCAGUAUAAAGCAACAAUUGGAGCUGAUUUCUUGACUAAAGAACUCCAAUUUGAAGAUAGGCUUUUCACAUUGCAGAUUUGGGAUACAGCUGGACAGGAAAGGUUUCAGAGUCUAGGUGUUGCUUUUUACCGUGGUGCAGAUUGUUGUGUUCUUACUUAUGAUGUUAAUGUCACGAAGUCUUUUGAGAACCUCAAUCGGUGGAGGGAGGAGUUUUUAUUGCAGGCAAGCCCAAGUGAUCCAGAUAACUUCCCAUUUAUUUUGCUGGGGAACAAGAUAGAUGUUGAUGGUGGAAGCGGCAGAGUGGUCUCAGAAAAGAAGGCAAAAGCUUGGUGCAUGAGCAAGGGGAAUAUUCCUUAUUUCGAAACCUCAGCCAAAGAUGGUACAAAUGUUGAAGAGGCUUUCAUGUGCAUAGCUAAAAAUGCCAUAAAGAAUGAACCUGAAGAAGAAAUGUAUGUUCCCGACACCAUUGAUAUGACGAACAGAGCACAAUCUCAAAGUUCUUCAGCCUGUGAAUGUUAAGAAUCUGUUGCCGUGUAAAAGAACUGCCUUAAAUCCUUAAUUGUUCCAUUGUUUUACAAUAUUGACAAGUUUGCCUGUGAAUGUACACACAUCAUAAUGGAGAAUCAAGGAGGAAUUGGAUGAUCAACGUGUACCUGUUUUCUCAUUAUAACUAAUAAUUCUUUGUCGUUUGAUGUUAAUUGUGGAGAUAUAUCCUGGUUGCAUUGGGAUCAUGUUUAUGUUCACACCAAAGUUAUUCCAACUGCAAACAA